CCAGAAAUUGUUACAUCGAUAAUAGAUAAUGAGGUCAAAAAAGGUUUUCUAAUUGGACCGUUUGUUUCACCACCUUUUGAGCACUACCGUUGUAGUCCAAUAGGCAUUGUGGACAAAAAAUACUCCAAUAAAAAGCGCCUAAUUGUUGAUCUUUCAUCACCACAUGAUGCUGCAGACACACCAAGCAUUAAUGACUUGAUUAAUAAGGAGGAUUUUUCUCUUUCGUAUGUGACAAUCGACGAUGCCAUUCUCGCAAUUAACAAGGCUGGGAAAGGAGCUAAGUUAUGCAAAACUGACAUUGCAGAUGCUUUCAAACUAAUGCCAAUUCAUGCAUCUUUGUGGCAUCUCUAUGGUAUCCAUUGGAACGAACAGUUUUACUUUUUUGUUCGCUUGGCCUUUGGAUGCCGUUCUAGCCCAAAGAUUUUUGACCAACUUUCAACAGCAGUAUGUUGGAUUGCAGAACACAAUUAUGGAGUCCAGACAAUUUUUCACCUCCUGGAUGAUUUUCUUACUGUAGACUCUCCUUCAUAUGAUGCAGAACGUACUAUGGCUAUUCUAACAUUGCUAUUUCACGACUUGGGAUUCCGCUAG